CACUUCCCUUGCAGGCCUGAACAUGGCACCAGUGGUUCACAUGCCACAACCCUUGUGCCUCAUCGAGAACAUUAAUGGGCUACUGUUGGUUAAUCCGAAAGCUCUGAAGACCCUGUCUGCCAUUCAGCAGCCUGUUGUGGUGGUGGCUAUCGUGGGCCUCUACCGCACCGGCAAAUCCUACCUGAUGAACAAGCUGGCUGGGAAGAACAAGGGUUUCUCUGUUGGAUCCACGGUGCAGUCUCACACCAAGGGCAUCUGGAUGUGGUGUGUGCCUCACCCUGAGAAGCCAAACCACAUCCUGGUUCUUCUUGACACGGAGGGACUUGGAGACAUAGAGAAGGGUGACAAGAAGAGUGACACCCAGAUAUUUGUACUGGCACUACUACUGAGUAGUACCUUUGUAUAUAAUACUAUGAACACAAUUGACCAGAGGGCUAUCGACCUCUUGCACUAUGUGACAGAACUGUCAAAUCUGCUCAGAACAGUUACCUCACCUGAUCUUGAUGGGGAAGACAAUGCAGCUGACUUUAUGAGCGUCUGUCCAGACUUAGUGUGGACUGUGAGAGAUUUCUACCUUGACCUGGAAGCAAAUGGGCGACUCAUCACAGCAGAUGAGUACCUGGACAAUUCAUUGAGGCCAAAGCAGGGCACCGAUCAACAUCUUCAAAAUUUUAAUUUGCCCCGUCUGUGUAUACAGAAAUUCUUUCCAAUAAAGAAAUGCUUUAUUUUUGACUUGCCCACUCAUCGGAAGAAGCUUGCCCAGCUUGAGACACUGCAUAAUGAUGACCUGGAUCCUGAAUUUGUACAGCAAGUGGCAGAUUUCUGUUCCUACAUCUUCAGCCAUUCCAAGACUAAAACUCUUUCAGGAGGCAUCAAGGUCAAUGGAUCUCAUCUAGAGAGCCUGGUAUGGACCUAUGUCAAUGCCAUCAACAGUGGGGAUCUGCCCUGCAUAGAGAACGAAGUCCUGGCCUUGGCCCAGAUUAAGAACUCAGCCGCAGUGCAAAAGGCCAUUGCCCACUAUGACCAGCAGAUGGGCCAGAAGCUGCAGCUGCCCACAGAAACCCUCCAGGAGCUGCUGGACCUGCACAGGGUCAGUGAGAAAGGGGCUAUGGAAGUCUUCAUGAAGAACUCUUUCGAGGAUAUAGACCAAGGGUUCCAGGAAAAAUUAGAGACCCUGCUAGAAGCCAAGCAGAAUGACUUUUGUAAAAGGAAUUUGGAGGCAUCACUGAAUCGCUGUUCAGCUUUACUUCAGGAUAUUUUUUGUCCUCUAGAAGAAGAUGUGAAGCAAGGGAUUUAUUCAAAGCCUGGGGGGCAUCGUCUCUUCCUUCAGAAGAGAGAAGCGCUGAAGGCAAAGUACUAUCAGGUGCCCAGGAAAGGAAUACAGGCUGAGGAAGCUCUGCAGAAAUAUUUACAGUCCAAGGAGUCUGUGAGUGAUACCAUUUGGCAGACAGAUCUGGUUCUCACAGCAAGGGAAAAGGAGAUGGAAGAGGCACGUGUGAAAGCAGAGUUUAUGAAGGCUGAAAAAGAAAGGUUGCGGGCAAUUCUAAUGCAGCACCAGCAAAUGAUGGAGCGGAGGGAGAGACUCCAUUGGGAACAAGUGAGACAAAUGGAGAUAAAAAGAUUGUACCAGCAGGCCCUGCAACAGAGGGACCAAGAACGUCGGCUCAAGGAGGAGGCUGAAAAGCUCAAGGAGAGCUUCCAAGCUGAGAGCAGAAAACUUCAGGAUGAGAUCCAGCAUCUCCAGAGGAAUGACUCACCAGAUAAUACAUGUAUCUUACUCUAAAGAACUAAACACUAGAACUUCAUUUUCUUGUUCACUUUCACUGAAGACACAAAGGAACAAGAAACUAUAGAACUUGAGACAAUCACCAUUUAAAUAAACUUCAUAAUAAUUAUACUGAGCUUUUGUAUUGAGUUAUAAGGUUAUGAUGCUCAUAAUUGGUAAAACGUGCAUUUCACUAAUUUCAAUAGUUUAAAUGUUGUUUGCUUCCUUAAAGAGAUUAUGACUUGUAUUAUAAGGGACAUAUUAUCAUUGCCGCUAUUGGCAGUGAUAUUGGGCAGGAUCUAUAAAGGGAAACUUUCUCUUGUACACCAAUACCACCCCUCUAAUUUUCCAUAUUUGUCUCAGUGGGGAUUGGAAGAGACCUGGGAGGGUGUUUCUACAAUAAACUAAGUCACAUGGAAUUUGCCCAGUGACUUGGACUCAGGUGGGCAUCACUCCUGCCAAGUGGUUUUGUGCUGGAUGCCAUCAGGGAGAGGCACUGAUGAUAAAACACACGCAAAAAAAACUAACCAAGCUUCGUAGUGGAGACGUGUGUGGUUCUCAACUGGGUGGAGGCUGCUCAGUCUAUGGGCAAUUAUAUGACUCCUGGUCAUGGUCAGUAGACAGUCUGCUUAGACUAUUCUAAGCUGUAAGCAAAUAACAUCAUAAUGAAAUAGAGGUGCUCUAGAAGAUGGAAGGAACUACCAGCAUGGAAAUUGUGUCAUAGGCUGAAGAGCUAAAGAAACCUAACCUUCCUGUUAUCCUCACCAAGGGCAUAACUUAAAUAGGACACUAUAUAUUAUGAAGCAAUUUAUAUUGGACUUGGUGAUUGUGUAUCACAUUUUUAUAAUCCUUUAAGUCUGUAAAUAAAUGGUAUAAGGCAGGGGUUCCCAAUGCCUGGGCCAUGGACAAGUACCAGUCCAUGGCCUGUUAGAAACCAGGUCGCACAGCAGGAGGGGAGCAGCUAGCAAGCGAGCAAAGUUUCAUCUGUAUUUACAGCCACUCCCCACUGCUCGCAUUACCACCUGAGCUCCGCCUCCUGUCAGAUCAGCGGCGGCAGUAGAUUCUCAUAGGAGCGCGAACCCUCUUGUGAACUGUGCAUGCGAGGGAUCUAGGUUGCACGCUCCUUGUGAGAAUCUAAUGCCUGAUGAUCUGAGGGGAAGCUGAGGUGGUGAUGCUAGUGCUGGGGAGCGGCUGCAAAUACAGCUUAUCAUUAGCAGAGAGGUUUGACUGCACAGAGACCAUAAUAAAUCAAUUGCUUGCAGACUCAUAUCAAAACCCUAUCAGUGAGUGACAAGCGAAAACAAGCUCAGGGCUCCCACUGAUUCUGCUUCAUGGUGAGUUGUAUAAUUAUUUCAUUAUGUAUUACAAUGUAAUAAUAAUAGAAAUAAAGUGCACAAUAAAUGUAAUGCGUUUGAAUCAUCCCGAAACCAUCCCCCCUCCCCCAGUCCAUGGAAAAAUUGUCUUCCAUGAAACCUGUCCCUGAUGCCAAAAAGGUUGGGGACUGCUGGUAUAAGGUAUGCAAGAUAAUGUUCCACAAGAUCUCAUGGGACUUAUUUAAUUUUAUGCUUGCUUAUAGUACUAAAAUUAAAUGAUUUUAAUUCUUUGCAAUCAUAUAUGAAAGCCUACUGAUUUUUAUUAAAAACUAUGGAUUCUGUAAAUAUAUCUGUGUAUAUAUAUUUUAACUGUAAAUAACCAUACAAUUUUUUAAAAUAACUAUACUACUUUGUGUUUUUUUCCUCCCAAUAGUUAAAAGUCUAUAGGGACUUCUGAAUUUCCCUAAAAAUAUUGAGAACUUUUUUUGAGAAUUAUUUUAAUAUUGGAAAAAAACCACAUUUUCUUAUACCUUU